GGAUAUACCACAAGAUUUUAGAAUAUAUACAUUAAAAGAUGUUGCGUAUCCUAACUUAAAGACUAUUCACAGUAGUAAAGGUGUAGGUGAACCUCCAUUGUUUUUAGGAAGUUCUGUAUUCUUUGCUAUUAGGGAUGCAAUUAAAUCUGCAAGACAAUCUAAUAACAACGAAGCUAUUGUAGUUUUAAGCUCACCCGCAACGCCUGAAAGGAUUAGAUUAGCAUGUGAUGAUGAGAUUGUAAGAAAUUGUAAAGUUGAGAGAAAGGACGGAGAGAGCCC